UCUGAGGAAACAUAACUUUAAUGAAAAGGGACAAAAUCUAUGCGGUGACCUCUAAAAGGGACAUUUGCGUAAAUUAGUAGCCUCUCAUAGCAAAAUAUUUUUUUAUUUUAUGAAAUAUUUGUUAGAUGCUUUUGAUUCUAAAAUGUGAUGAAUCUUGUUGUUGUUGUUGUUGUUGAACUGAAUAUUUAUAUUUUGUUGAAAUCUUUUGAAGUUUCGAAGAGUUGAUGUCCAAACUCACAUCAAAAUUAAAUUUUGGAUGGAGGGAGUAAUUGAUUUGUUGAAGAAUUCAUCUUUGAUCUUUCUUCCACCUUGUUGAAUUGUCCCAUGUCUUGUACUUUCAUUUGUCUCUGUUUACUUAUGCUAAAUGGCAUUUAAUUUUUUUUUUCCUCUUCUGAGAACUGCUUUUUCUUAGCUCAUUGUUUCUUGUUUUUUAUUUUUAGUUUUAUAACUUAUGAAGAAUAUGCAGACUUCAUCCUCUAUUUUGAAUUUUUUUUGUCGGAGAGAAAUACAAUUGCUAACGAAUUUGCUGAAAACGAACAAUUUUUAGCUCACAGAUCCCAGUUUUUUCAUCAAGUGGAAAACUUUCAGUCGGUGUAUCAACGUGAUAUUUUCUUGUCUUUUUCCUUAAAAUAUCAUCAACAAGUUUAUUUCAUGCAGCAUCAAGUGGUUGUAAUUUGUUUGAUGUCUCCUAGACGUAGUUUAGGUGUAUACAUCCUUUGGCACAUUGGGAGGCAAAACAAACUUUUGAGGCUCGUCUUUGUAGCUUAUUUAUUUUUCUUCUUUAAAAUGGUAGUGUCCAGGUCAGUUUGUGUGAAUCUUGACUAUUCUGAAGUAUCAGAUGACUCUGGUCACCGGGGUUUAGGCGGAUGGGAAAUAUCACCUAGCCUUUUUGUUUCAGCUGUGAUUUGAGCCUUGGUAUCUCAUGGUGUGUAUCCACUUCAUUGACUGAUAUGCCGCACCCUCGGGUGCCUCUAGCCUCGUACUUAAUUUGAUUAAUACAUUGAGGGACUUAUUAUCCAUUAGACAGUACCAACUAAUUGGAAAUAAGGUUUAGUCCAAUUAAAUACAUGUAGGUCAAUGUAGGAAUUAGAGUGAGCUGUAAAGAAUGUACCUAUGUUGGAUGGGUUUGGGCCAGAAAAUGGUUGGCUAAUUGUUAUGUUUUUACUCUAGGUUUGUCUCGUCUUGUUUUUUGUGAGUGUUUGUAUUUGAUUUUGGAGAAUUGAUUAGAAGAUUAUCGUGAUAGAAUUUGUUUAUGUUCUGAUCAUUCUUUUGCUUUCGUAAACAAAAGAAAAGAAAAGAAAGCACUUGCAAAAAGAUAACAACUGUACAAGGAAAUAGUACAACAUGUUUUGAAAAACAAAUACACCCCUCUGCUUAGUUUUUUUUAUUUAAAACGUGGUGUCCACCAACGCUCUGACAGAUAGGAAGAAAUCAUUAGUGUUUUUGCCUCCCCCAGGAUAUGACCCUUGGGUGCCUCUGCGUAGUUUUGAGGAACCCUUAAUUUGCCUUAAAGAUGUGUUAUUUAAUAUUGAACAGAAUGGGUGUGAGUAGAGUGUUACUGAUAUCGGGUGUUCAAAUAGAUGAUCUAUAACUGAUCCAACAAUUAAGGUUGUAGUAGAGUGGUAGUCCUCUGAAAUUACUUUUUUGGUUUUUUCAGCUUGCUGGAAGCAAUAGAUUACAUGCUUGAAGGUACCUAGAAUGCAGUUAUUCCAAGGAAAUCAUCCUCUCCGAAAUCCACACACCAUAAUGGAGUAGAAUACUGUUGGCUAACACAGGAAGACGUUGUCCGCUUCCUUCUCAACUCCAUUGGAGUCUUCUCCCCUAUGACGACCUUUUCAAUUGAAUCCCUCAACAUCAUAGAUCACAACAUCAUGACUGUUCGUUACCACGACCCUGCAAUCUCCGCUUUGGAUUCUAUCGCUCUAGCAAAUAUUAAACAAACUGCGGUUGCAGUUGUUGAUAAUGACAAUAAGCUAAUCGGGGAAAUCUCAGCUUCUACCCUUGCCUACUGUGAUGAGGAUGUUGCAGCAGCCAUCACGACCCUUUCAGCAGGUGAUCUUAUGGCAUACAUAGACUAUGGUGGUCCUCCAGAGGACUUGGUUGAAUUGGUGAAAACGAGGUUGCAAGAGAAAAAACUUGGCCUAAUGAUGGAACUGAUGGAUGAAGAAUUUUCAUUUUCUGUGUCGUCUGCAUCAUCUUCAGCUUUUAGUUGUUCUUCCGAUGAUGAGUCGGGGUCAAGCAGAAAUGGUUAGGGACGAUAUUCUUCAGCUAGAAGGUCAGAGGCGAUCACUUGUUAUCCCGGGAGUUCAUUGGUGGCUAUGCUGAUUCAAGCACUUGCACAUCGUGCGAGUUCUAUUUGGGUCAUCGAUGAAGAUCACAACUUGGUUGGAGUUGUUACAUUUAAAGGAAUUUUGAAAGUUUUUAGGAGUAUCGCCGAUGCAAGGCGUAAACCUGAUAUGGAGAAUUUAUCAACUCAAUAAUAAGCUUCAGCUUGUAUUAUCCAUUCAUAUAAGUAGAUUAUAUUGCAGACUAUAUGUUAUGAAUUUUACAUGCUUGAACAAAAGACCUUUUUAAUGGUGAUUGAUAAACCUUGUGUUUGG